GUGCUUUCAACAUCAUCGAGACUCGAACGGACCUGGAUUAACUCACCGCAGUUCAGAUGUGUGCACGGAGAACCAUAGUACUGCUGGUGUACUUUUUAAUAGCUUUUUUGGCGGGAUCUUUGGCUAAGGGAUAUUUAUCUGACAAACGUGCACAAGCAGGGUCAUUUAAGACAAUGAUGCGAUAUGGCAGAUCCAACAGUAAAAAUUUCAUCAACCCCGGAAAGGACGGAAAAUAUUACAAAGUAAUCCCAAGAGCAGAGGCGUUUCAUAUAAUGUCAAGGUAUGGAAAAAGGUCAAGCUGGAGUCCAAACUCCUCUCUAGUUUAUCCUGUUCCCAAAUCACGUUGUAUUGAAGGGGAAAAUUUGUCCUGCUCCUUUACGGGCAUUUCAAACUUCUAUCGCUGCAAUGUGAGGAAAGAACCUACAACUAAUUUCGAUGAAGCCUAAUUGGAC